GACUAGAAGUUUCAGCACUGCUCUUAUUACACUCUUACUCUACCCUGAUUGACCACUACUCUCACCUGGACCACAAACACAGAGGGUCAACUGAUGGAAAGACAGCCAAGUCACUUAGAGAGGGACGCACUUUGAAAAUGACUGCAGAUUUAAAGAAAAACUAACUAAAAGGGGAAACUGCAAUUCUUUGUCUCACCAAGGACUUCAGGACAAGCAAGCAGAACAAAGCAUACUGGGAACCUCUGAUGGACUAUUGUGAGAUUCUGUGAAGGACAGCUAUAGCACACAACUCUGGAGAAGAGAAUGAUGCUAUAAGUGCAUCUUAACCACUCAUCCGUCGCAAUGCCAAGCUCUGUUUAUCUCUGCCUGUCGAGGGCAGUUUUCCUGGUGUGUUUUGUUAACCCUUUAAUAAUGCAAGGACUAAGUGAAGAUGUAAAUGAGAUCCAGGAUCAUCAUCAUCAUCAACAGAAAGAGAAUCUCACUGGACUCCCAAUUGUUACAUUUAGAUGGCAUCAUGUUCAGACCCCGUACCUGGUGAUAAUUUGGGUUUUUGUGGCUGGACUGGCAAAACUAUCAGUGGUUGAACUAAGCCAUCAUGUCACCAGCGUGUUCCCAGAGAGUGGGCUGCUCAUCAUGCUGGGCUUUGUUUUGGGAGGAAUCGUCUGGGGAGCAGACAUGGCACAGACUUUUAAACUGAUUCCUCCCACUUUUUUCUACUACUUGUUGCCCCAGAUUAUCUUGGAUGCAAGUUACUUUAUGCCCAACAAGCUAUUUUUCAGCAACCUGGGUGCCAUUCUCAUUUAUGCCAUCUUCGGGACGUGCUGGAACGCAGCUACAGUGGGCCUCUCGCUUUGGGGCUGCUAUGAGGCUGGAGUGAUGGGUGACUUGGACAUCGGUCUCCUGCAGUUUCUAUUGUUUGGCAGUUUAAUCGCCGCGGUGGAUCCAGUGGCCGUGAUCGCUGUGUUUGAAGAAGUGCAUGUGAACGAGGUGCUCUUUAUCCUGGUGUUUGGAGAGUCCCUGCUCAAUGAUGGUGUCACAGUGGUGCUUUACAAUGUAUUUGACGCUUUUGUUUCUCUUGGUGGCCCAAGGAUUGACGCCGCAGAGAUUUUUAAGGGCAUAUUUUCAUUUGUUGUGGUGGCAUUUGGAGGCUCGUUUCUUGGCAUUGUGUUUGCCAUCCUGCUCUCGCUGCUGACUAGGUGCACCAAACACAUUCAGAUCAUCGAAGCCGGCUUUAUCUUUGUGGUGGGAUACCUGUCUUACCUGACAGCAGAAAUGCUCUCCCUCUCUGCAAUACUUUCAAUCACUUUCUGCGGUAUAUGCUGUCAGAAAUAUGUGAACGCCAACAUGGAUGAGAAAUCGGUCACAACGGUCCGUCAUGCCAUGAAGCUGCUAGCAAACGGCUCAGAAACCAUGAUCUUUUUAUUCUUGGGUAUUACAGCCAUUGAUACGGAGAUCUGGGUUUGGAACACGGGUUUCAUCCUCCUCACCCUCCUCUUCGUCUUUAUAUACAGGAUCAUAGGUACUUUCUUGUUCACCUGGAUGUUGAACAAGUUCAGAUUGGUUCCCAUCGAGGUCAUUGACCAGGUUGUAAUGAGCUACGGUGGCCUGCGGGGGGCAGUGGCGUAUGGAUUAGCAGCCAUGUUAGACGAAGACAAGAUCCCAGAGAAGAAUCUGAUGAUUAGUACCACGCUCAUUGUGGUGUAUUUCACUGUCAUUCUUCAGGGAAUCACAAUGAAGCCAUUGGUUCAGUGGCUCAAAGUCAAAAGAGCAGCUCAUUCAGACUUAAAACUUAUUGAGAAACUAAACAAUAGGGCAUUUGACCACAUUCUAGCAGCAGUGGAGGACAUUUGUGGACGUAUAGGAGAUAACUGGUGGACCAGAGGCUGGAACAGGUUUGAGGAAAAUUAUAUCAGCUGGUUAUUGAUGAAAUCUAAGGCCAGAAAGAACAGAGACUACCUCUUUAAUAUCUUCCAUAAACUCAAUCUAGAGGACGCUAUUAACUACGUCAGUGAGGGUGAACGGCAAGGUUCUCUGGCCUUCAGUCGCAGUGAUGAAGCAGCCAACGUAGAUUUCAAGAAACAAUUUGGUUCAGAAUUUGCAGAUGUGAUGCCUAAUAUAAUGGUUGAUGUGUCCAAUUACGAGCUUGGAAUUGAACAUUUUUCAGUAACCUCCAUUGUAAAAGACACCAUUCCCUCUGUAUCCCUGGACAUCCAUGGGCAAGACAGGAAGAAUGCGAUGGAUGACAUCAAUGCCCAUCAUCUUCUACAGCAGCACCUGUACAGGAGCAGAAAAAAUCACCGUCACAAAUACAGUCGCAGUCACUUCAGCAUCAACCAGAAUGAGGACGAGGUGCAGGAGAUCUUUCAGAGGACCAUGAGGAGCCGCCUCGAGUCCUUCAAAUCAGCUAAGAUGGGUGUCAAUCCUGCCAAAAAGAUCACAAAGCACCACAAAAAGGAGCUAAUGCAUAAGAUGUCUAACGGACACACAGACAGCACAGGUCACCUAUACGAAGAUGAAGUUGACAGAGCUGUGGGGAGGGAGGCUGGUGCGAUCAACAGUACUUUCAUGAGAGAUAUGUAUACAAUGGGAGCUGGCAUAGAGAAUCCAGUCUUCUUGCCAGAUAUGGACAGUCCAGCUCACAGCCCACCUUGGCUGAUGGAGACGGAGGCUGUCGCACCUUCCCAGAGGGCCCAGCGGCGCCUGCCCUGGACACCCAACAGACUCCGGCGUCUUGCACCCAUGAGGAUCAGCACCUGCUCCACAGACUCCUUCCUCAUGGCUGAUGUUUCUUUAACUCUGGAGGAACAUGAUGAACAGCCCCAAACAGAUAGUGAAGAAAUGCGACCAGUCUUUGACUAGGACAAUAAUGCAGCGUGUCACAAAAGCACAUCUGCAGUCAUAGAAGUGUCUGUCUACAGAUUUGAGUCCAAAACAAACAAAAACAAGGUGGAACUGGAGAAUAGCUUCAGGUAAUCCCACUGAAACUGCCAAAUGCCAAUGAAAUCACAUGGACCAAACUCUCAUUGAUGUUCACGUGGAUGAAUCCAUUAAGAGCAACAUGUGCUAUUGAGGGCAUACAGCAGUAGAAAAAGAAAAGCAAAUCCUUUCAAGAGUUUCCUAAUGAUCCACUUGCCUUGUGUAUGAUUUUUUCAAUUUAAACACCUUGUGAAAUAGUUUGUUUCCUAUAUGUGAAAAGUGACGUGAUAUUCAGCCAAGUAUGGUGACCCAUACUCAGAAUUUGUGCUCUGCAUUUAACCCAUCAUAAGUGCACACACACAGCAGUAAACACACACACUGUGAACACGCAGUGGGCAGCCUUUUAUAAUGCGGCACCCAGGUAAAAAAAGUGCUGUCAUAUUUCCCAUUUAAAAAGGAAGCUUAGCUUUUAAAAUAGCCAAUAACCUUCCGUUUACAUCACAGCCAUGAACAUUCUGGCACAUUUGCCCCUCAAAAUUCUUACUUUUUUUCUUAUAAAUUGAGUUUACAUUUCACAAUUCUGAAAUAUAAACUAAACUGUGUGAGAGAGAGAAAAAAAAACUGAAUUGUGUGGUAAAGAGCCACAAUUACCUUUGAAUUUUGUUAUUUUUAUUAUUAUUCUGUAGUGGAAACAGCUUCCAAUGUAAUGUGGCGGGGGCAAAACCAUUUUUUCACCUUUCACAAGGUCGAGUUUGUAGUUGAAUUUUGUAAUGGCACUUUACCACAGUGAUGUCACCUCUACAAGGCACACUUUCCCUGCUUUGCAAUACAGAACUAAAUUAAUAA